AGGACAGUUUCUGUGGCUCGUGUGACAGCUGGGAGGAAGUAGGAUCAGGGCCGCUAGAACCUGAUGCCGCCGCGCACGAGGUCACGGAUGGAGCUGGUGCCAAGCGAGGUCGCGCCAGCUGUGAGCGAUGAUGCUUCCUUCCAGCUGGCUUCAAGCUGUGCCAAUGGCAUGAGCAAGCAGGAUCUGGGGAAGGAGCUGGCAGCAGCUGGGACUUGGCAGGCACCGAAUCCGACCGGCAUGCGCUUCACCAGCCGAGGGUUCCGGCAUUCGCAACGACACUGAGGGCAUGGCGGGUGAGUUAGACCUUUGGAAGAAUGCCGUGCUUCGUUUGUUGGCGACCCCACAUCAGAGGCCCCUGGCAGCCGCCAACGCUUUGAGGGCUUUGGGAGCUGCUGGCUUUGAAGCGCGGCCCUCGUGUCCCAAACAGCUAGAGACUCUCUGCUGGUUGUUGGAUGUCACUGGCAGCCGUCGGGCGCCACCUGGCGAUGCGGUGGACAAAGGCAUCCGCUGGCGGGCAUGUGCUAUCCUUGAUGGCUUUCUCCGGGCAUUGUCAAGCCAAGGCUUUGCAAAACUCCCGGAAGAGCUACAACGUUGCUGCAUGUCCGUCCUAUUGGCCCGAUGUUCAGACCGCUGUGCCGACGUGCGCCACGUGGCCAGUGAAGCCCUGGAAGCCCUGGGCUGUUCGACGGACAAGGAGACUCUUGAGGUCUUGCGACAGAGAGCCUUGAACGAUCGCAAUGAAUGCGUCAGGGCUGCUUGCGCCUCUGCCAUCAUAGCUCAAGGUGAUCAUGAGCACGACUGGCUGGAUUUGGAGAUUAUCACGACUGCCAGUUUAGACAUGGCGCCACGGGUCCGUCGGCGCUUGCUGACGCACCUGGCACGCCUGGAUCGUUGGAAAGGGCGAGCUUCCUUGCAAACUGCCUGGCGGGAGGCAGUCUUGCGUGGAUUGGAGGAUCGUGUUCGUUCUGUGCGGCUGGCCGCUGUGCGAUGCUUUGUAGCUGAUGUGCAGCAGCUCGGAGACAGGGCCUUAUUGCUGGACGACGCAGAGCUCACUGCAGGAUCAACUAUGCGAAUGGUCAAUGGCAUCGUGGCCGUGGUGAACCAGCCGAACGGGCUCUUUGAGGAAAUAGAGGAGGGCUCCUCAUCUCGUGCUUUGCGGCAGCUUUUGCAUUGCUUCGAUCCAGUCAAGAGCAUUGAGAUCGCCUCUUCUCCGGAUGCCACGAUGGGACAAGUGCUGUGGGCGCGUAUCACCGUGACCCUGGGGACCUUGCUGGGCGAUGCUCCCAAUGCAGGGCACAUGGUGGCUGAGAUGCAAGACUGCAUGAGCAUGUUGCAAGGCUGCAAUCCGGAACACCUUGCACAGGUGCACUUCAAGCUCUGCCAGUGGUUGAACUGUGCUCUCGUCUGUCAGAUGCCUCCCGCUUCACCUGGUCGUCACGCCUUAGCACAUGCUGCUGGAGCGGCACUCCAGGUCUCGUCGGUGGACUUCGCGAGCACAGCGCUUCUUGAAGAUGGUGUAUUCCCGGGAAGCCUCCUGGGAGACGAGUGGCCGCGAGAACGACCGAGCUUCGAGCUGGCCAUCCUUCUCCUGCGGCGUGUGGCAGCCGAGGGUGCUGCUUCUGCAGAAGGAAAGCAGGCGGCAGCUGUUACUGAGGUUUGGUUCUCCAACUUUGCAGCUGCCAUUUUCCACAGCUUGAAGCAGGUGCAAGAUGAGGCAGAACAGGUGCUUCUUGAAAGAGAGGAUGAGGUGGAGCAAAUUCGGCAGGAUCUCGAAGACAGGCGCUGGGCGCAGGCGAGCUUUGCCCAAAAGGCUUUGGACUGUGAGUCCAAGAACGAGAAGGCACUAGAGGAGAAGCAUGCAGAGAUAGAGGCGGCACGUGAACAGCGAAACCACUGCUGCCUUCGUGCGCUGCUGUUGGCCACCGGCUGGCUGCGUUACAGCCGCUGCCCGCUGCAGCGAGACUCCAAGCAAAGCCAGCUGCUGGACAUGGUCUUGCUGCCUGUCGUGCAAAGCAAGCAGCCCUUGAACAACCAGGUGGCUGCGAUCCAUGGAAUCGCCAUUUAUGCAUCCAAGAGCCAGGAGCACGCCUUGGCGCACUGGGACUUCUUUCGGGGCCUUUUGGAGGCACAGUCCGAGCUUGGAGAGUUGGCUUCCCUUCGACUGGCGGAGCUUUCAGUACACUUCAUUUGUGACGUGCUCUUGCUAUAUCCAUCUGCUCUGGAGCCAAAGCGAGAGCAAGCCUGCCUUGCGUUGGCCAGGCUCUUGAUCUCGUUGGAGGAAAAGAACGCGAAGCCUGGGCGGAAAGCACUUCAUCAUUUGCGAGCUGCACUUUGGGACCGGAUUUGCUGCGUGGCCUUGCGAGGGUCCUUGGAGGGUGCGGCUGGUGCAUGGCUUUUGGGGAAAGCGCUGGAGGUUUGCUGCUCCCGGUUUCCAUCGAACGAGAAUGAUGGCAAGCUCCAGCUUCAGAGACCAACCAAACGAAGGCGAAUCGAAGAGGCCUAUACGUCCCUGGGCCAGAUGGAAGUCUCUCCGGCAGAGGAAGGAGAUCUCGUCCACCGAGAUGAUCUCGGUAGUGUUCGUUUGCACACUCGCCGAGCGGUGCUGUGCACCCGUUUGCUUCGCUUCUUUGCCACCUUACCGCUGAUCUCGGCCGGGCACGCUGCGUUGCUGGUCCAGGCCAUGGAAGCUUUCUUGGCCGCACGACUCUACAUGAGUGGUGCUGGUGGCUCGACCCGAUCGGCCACGGCUUCGCGUGCGGUGCGCUUGGUGCAGGUUCGUUUGGGCCGAGCCAAGGACAGCUUGGCAGCAGAAGGCUGCGAGGUUGCCCAGCUGCAGUUGUACGUCAUCAGGUCUGUGGCUGCUGCCAUGUUGUCCGCCCCACAGGCGCAGGUGAAAGGAUUGGCUGAUGCUCUAGGGGCGGCCAUUCUGGCUGCGGCUGGUGGAGGACCUUGUUUCAGUUGGGCUGGCGAACGUGCCGAGAUGCUGCGAGACGCGACUCGAUCUUUGCUUCGAGAAUGGUCGCCUGCGACAACUGCAAAGUCUGUGGCCAUGCUCUUGGAAGAGAUUUACACUCCAGGUCGUGUCUCCGUGGGGCUUGGCAGGGAAUUUGCCCAGGAAGCGCUGGACAAAGCGGCCGACUUCCGACAUGACCUAGCUGCUCUGGGGUUGUCAAUGCCAAAUCCUGGAGUCUCACUUUCCAAGAAGUCGUCAUAUAUUCCAAGUCGAGGGAUUGGCUACUGGCAGAAGCCUGAGCCGAAGCCAGAAGCUUCUGCCACCAAGUCCAAGCCAGAACCAGUGGGACCGAAGGAGGACCCAGAAGAAUGGGAGGAGCCGAGCGUUGAAUUGGUUUCUCGUUGGGAGAUCCUCGACCAUGACACUCGCCUGGCUUUGGUCCCUCGCGGAAGCAGCUUGACGAUGGGCCGACACAACAGCUGCGACAUUUGCAUUGACGACCUGGCUGUGAGCAAAAGGCAUUGUAUCAUCACGUCUUUGACAGGAAGCAAGAUUGACUCCUUGGUGCUUCGUGAUUUAUCCAGCAAUGGCACCUUUGUGAAUGGCGUUCACUUGAAGAGCGGGGAAGAGCUUGGACUGAGUGAUGGAGAUCGGAUCACCUUGGCAUCGCGAGAAAGCCAGGCUUUCGAAGUCCGAUUGUGUCAGAUCGAGCUCAAGAAGGUGAAUGUUGAGAAGGUCAAGGCGCAGAUGGAAUCGAAGAAGGAAGUAAAGGCAGAGGCAGAAGAGACACUAAAUGACACGAAGGAGAAGAAAGCAGAGGACAUUCCAAAUGAGAAGAAACACGAGGAGAAGAGUCGGCAGAAGCGGGCUUUGAAGGAGUCCUUCCCGCUCAGACGACUGCGUCGAAAGACCAAAGAUCCAACGUGGCAAGCGAUUUCUCAGGAGAAACUGGAAACACUGCCUCCUGCGCCACCUCCGGCGAUGGCAGAGAGGGAGCCGGAGGAGGACUCGGAGGAUGAUGCACAGAGCACCGCCACCGUCAAGAGUCCCUCUAAGGUGGCCAGAGUGGUGCAUCGGUCCAAGGUGGGUCAAAGCCGUCUUGUGGACCUUACAAGCGGAGAGGUUCAUCGUCUACCGGAGGAUGGUUUAGUCUCUGUGGGUCGUCGUCCAGAUUGUGAGGUGGUCAUUCCAAGAUCUGUGGUCAGCGGCCGUCAUUGUGUGCUGCUUUGCUCAGAAGGUCAUGUGCAGGUGGAGGACGUGAGCGCUAACGGUACCUUUGUGAACGAGACCCAGGUGCCAAAGGGCUUCAGCCUGCCUCAACACGUACUACUUCAUGAUGGGGACCAUAUUUUCCUGGCGCAUCGUGAUGGCCCCAGCUUGCUGUUCCUCUCUGGGGAGGCUGGAGAUGAGGUCCUGUGACGGUCUGCACAGUGAGUAGCGGGGAGCGAUGAGAUCCGCAGCAGCGGGGGAGGGUGGAGUAGCUGCUCAGGUGGCCUCUCGACCAGCCAGAUAGAUCGGUGGCCUUGC